AGUGGUACUAUCGAUUUGGAAGAGUUUAUUGGAGGGAUAGCCCUUUGCUUGCACGGGAAAGUGAAGGACAAGUGCAGAUUACUAUUCCACAUUUUCAAUCUGUCUGAUGAUGAUGGUGUUAGCAGAGAUGAACUGACUGCUGUUCUCUUAAGUUCUCUUGAGUCAGCGCAAAUUAUAUUGGACAAUGUGGAAGAAACAGAACAGCCUAUGGAGGGGAACAAGACAGACAAGCUGAUUGAAACUGUUUCAAGGAUUGUCAGUGAUGCAUUUGAUACUGGUAAUGUGUCCAAAACAGGAAAGCUUUCUGCUAAGGAGUUUGAAAAUUGGCUUUAUCGAAACCCAGAGAUAAUGAACAAUGUGUUUGGCUGGCAAUGCCCAAGUCCAGAGGAGGGUCAGUGGAUGAAUGAAAGUUCACCAGAAACAAGUCCUACCAAAACAAAGUUUACCAGCAUAUUGUCAGAUGAAUCUGUUCAGAGUGUGGAAAUUCAAGGGGUACCAUCAGAGCAGGGUGACAACCGUACCCUCAGUGAUUUGUUUUCUUCGAACACCAGUGCAAGUGGUGAUGCAGAAGGACAAAGCUUCUUUGAUUCUCUUGUUGCCCCAGCUGCGUCUGAUCCAUUUUCACAAAUAGGGGGACAAAAGUUUCCAGCAUCAGUGGAAUUUCCAGAGCCAAUUCAUCAACCCUCUCAAAAACAAUCAGUGCCAGAACCAUCUCAGGGAGAUUUGGAGUUCAAGAUGGUGAAUGACCAGGACACAAUGCAACAAGUCUCAGAUCAAUGGCCUCCAUUCCAAGGGGCUGAAACUCCCAUGCCACCUCUUGCCCCAAUUCCAAGUCAAACUUCAGUGGUCUAUGAUGAUCCUCUUAAUUCUAUGCAAAACCAAGAAUCAUCCAGUCUCAAACUUGAAAUUCUGAAGGAACAAAAACGCCCUUCAGCUCCGCCGACCCCUGAAGGAGAGUGGGUGAGAAGCAAACAAACUGAAGCUGAGAGAAGAUCCUCAGCUUGGAUAGCGACACCUCAGACUAAUCAGUUUCUUGUCACCAUUGGAUCAGGUAUGCUGAAUCCAGCAGAUGUCGAUCAACAGUUCUUAACAUCUCCUGGAUUGGUUAUUGAAGGUCCACAGGAAGACCCAGUGAAGGAGCUGAUGUCAAAGUUUAUGGGUGAACAGGAUGCAGAAAAUAGAAAGACACUGAGUGUUGACAGUGUUCCAUUGGAUGAGUCAGGGCUCAGAGAAUUACUGAGACAACAGUGCUGGCGAGCAGCUCUGGAAUUUACCACCAGGUUCCUGACAGCACAUGGCCAGGGUGUGGGACAGAAGGGUCAGAGGGCCUUACACACCCACAAGACCCUACAGGUUUGGUUUUGUAGAAUAGCUCUUUUGUUCAAGCUACAGAUGUUUAGUACUGCCGAGGUUGAAUUAGAAGCCUUUGGAAGUUUUAACCAGCCUGACCAGUUUUAUGAGUUUUACCCUGAUACAUAUCCAGGAAGAAAAGGGUCUAUGGUACCAUUUUCAUUGCGGAUUUUGCAGGCAGAACUACCCCAGUACAUGGGUCGACCAAAGGAUGCCCUAGACAACCUUUAUGAGCUGCUAAGGACAUGCUGUAGGAUUCAGAAAAACUUGCAGGACAAUCUGACCGAGGGUGGUGGUGAGGGGGAGAUGACACCCGAGAACAGAUUGGCUGCUAUAGAGUUGUGGAUCUCCAGAGAGGUGCGCCUUCUGUAUUCGAUAGGAAACUGUUUUCUUGGGAUGAAGGAUUACAGUUUAGCUGUGACAGUGUUCAAGUCUAUUAUGGAUAAAGAUCCUUCUUGUGCAUUCAAUUUGUUAUCUGGAAUAGGAAGAAUCUACUUACAGCUUGGAGACUUGGAAACGGCACAGAGUUAUUUCAAGCAGGUGGAAUCAAAAGCGACUGGUGACCCAAACUCACUCAGCAGUGUAGUCAUGAAUAAGGGCUUGCUUGCGUUAUCUGCUGGAUCAUAUGAUGAAGCUCAUAGACAUUUUAUAGCUGCUACUAAAUUGGAUCCAUAUAGUUCGGUGGCCAUCAACAAUGUGGCUGUUUGUUUGCUUUAUCUCGGCAAGCUAAAAGAGGCGCUUUCUUUAGUGGAGAGGAUCAUCUGGAAAGACCCUAAAACAAAUCUUCAGGAAGGGCUUCUUUUUAACCUGUGUACCAUUUACGAACUUGAAUCGUCCUACAGCAUGCAGAAGAAGCAAAAGCUUCUAGAACUGGUCGCCCAACAUCGAGGAGAUGGCUUUAAUACUUCCUGCCUGAAGAUUGCUUGACACUGGCACGCUCUUCACUCUGUAACACUUUCGUUGCCCUCAUGCAACACAUCGGCGAGGAAGAAAAAACAUUCUUGAAACUGUGUUGCGCUCGAAAUUAUGAAUAGUUACUUAACAAUAGAAACAAUAGGGACUUUAAGCAGUCCGGACGGUAACGCCACGGAAGGCCUCAAUUAAAAAAUGAGAUUCUCGCUCGCAGCUCCGAGAAAAAGAGACGCUGCUACGAAGCUCGGCCAAUCUCGCUGCUUCGCAGCC